AUGCACUUCGUCAUAGUCCAGCAGCGCUCUGGAACCCCAGCGACGCCUCGUGUUGCAGGGGUUCGCGCCAGUAGCAGCUCCGGCGGCGGCAGCGGCGAGGUGCGUCGAGGCCGGCGGGCUACGCCCCCUCGCCGCUGCGCGGUGUGCGGGGACCGCGCCUACAGCCUGCACUUCGGCGGCCUGUCCUGCGACAGCUGCAAGGCCUUCUUCCGGCGCUCCGUGCAGAGCCGCGCCUGCCUCACCUUCCGCUGCCCCCACUCCAGGCCCUGCCUCGUCACAGUCACCUCACGCCGCUGUUGCCAGGCAUGUCGUUAUGCCAAGUGUCUGGCAGCUGGCAUGGAGCCGGGUUGGGUUUUAAGUGAACAAGAGCGCCAUCAGAAGGUAACCAAGAAAUGUGCAGAAUCUCCAACGCAGGACAAUAAGUGUGGUGCUGCAAGGAAGAGAGAGGGUUGCCAACAAACACAAAACGCUGCUGAACUACCCAAGUACCUGUCACCGGCAGAACUGCACGAUCUCAACGAUAUUAUCUCGGCGUUUCGUAGGGCGUGUGAAAACUGCACAGCACAGAACCAGGCUAAAGACGCCACAGGCAGGGUGAACGAGGCGACGAAUUUUCCUUACCACUUAACAGUGCCGGUAAACGUCUCUAAAGAUUCCAUGCAGUUUCUACAGAAAAAUGAAGACGAUAUUAGGACAGUGGUUGAACUGAUAAUUAGAUUCUGCUACACUGUGGUGGCGUCCUCUUCGCCGAUAGUCAUCGGCGAAUUCUACACUUUGUUUGAGUCCGUGCUUACUCAGGUGUGUUUUAUUUACGUCGCAGCAAAACUGUACUGUAAAAAUGAGUACCAAGACACAGCCGGACACGCAGUUAAAGAGGAGAACGAUCGGUUAUACGGUGACGUGAACUUUUCAGUUAAUCAGUCAUACGCAGUGACGAGUCUAGCAGAUGAAAGGGAUUCUGCUAAUGAGAAUUCGUGGAACCAUGCAAAUGAUCUGGAUGUUUUCUUCGCUGACAGAACUGCUUCCAGACCCUACAACAAUGAAUGCGCGGAAUCAGGAUGGACUCAUUCUGGUGCAAACCAAUCACUGGACCAGCAAGCCUAUUCAGUCAGGUCACUAACAGCGGGAAACUCCGGUGGUGGUUGCAACAUUUGUACUGCAGAAAACUACUACAUGGAAUCUCAUUUCAUUAGGAGGUUGCAGUCGCUUAACAUGGAUGACCCUACUUUGCUACUUCUUCUGGUCAUCGCACUUUUAAACCCGUACCAUCCGGGAGUGAGAAACUCGCUGCAGGUGGAAAGGAUACAGGAAUAUUACACAACAUUGUUGUGGCAUUAUUUAGACUGGAAGCAUGGAAGCAAAAUGGGUGGAAGGAUACUGUCAAAAUUACUUGAUAAGCUUGCAGAUCUUCAUACCCUGACAAAUCAGUCCCUAAAUUUCACUGUGCCACCUGGUGGCUGCUGCUGUAACUUGAUCUGCUAUAUUCGAGGCACUAUCAGCAGGUUGUCUGGUCCAGAUGCCACUGUGUAUGGUAUUACAGGAAUUACUAUUGGUGAUGACAUGUGGCAGUAUCAUGAAGAGACAGAAACCAACUUUCUCCAAACAUCUGAAAAUUUCUUAUCCUCUGUUGCAACUCAAAGUGAAAUCAAAGUUCCAAUGAUCUCUUCUGAGGAGAUGGUAACCACCAAUCAAAUAAAGGAAAAUAAAUAUUCUUGGACUCCUUGGAAUUUCUAUAAUUUUGAACAGAACUCAGUGACAAAUGGUGAAAUCACUCACAAUUCUGAAAUUAACAGUUGUUUCUUGGACAAUAAGUGUGAAACUGUGAUUGAUGAAGGAAAUGGUAAAACAGAGAAUGUUGAAGAUGACCUAAAUUUUUUAGAACACCUCUUCGUGCAGCCAGAGACACAGGUUCUGGAUACCCAGCACCCUUUACCAACAGAACAAGGCUGUACACCACAGUGGAGCUCAGCAGCAGAGUUCCAGUGGAAUACACCAGUUCACAACAAUAGCUCAAUAAAUACCAGCAUGGAGGUCACCUCUGGCUACGGUGAAACAGAAGGAAUGCAGCAGCUCUACACAUGUCCUACCACAUAUUUACCUGAUGUUUAUUGA